AUGAGUGGUGUCUCCCCGGUCAACGAUCCAGCUGAGGAAACGCCCAUGGACGAGGAUGAAACCUCGGCCGAUGUCCUUCCUCUAACGUCUUCACCAACUGAUCUGCCACCCGCAUGCAGCUCAGACCAGACAGUCCGGCGCAACUCCAGGUUCCUUAUACCAGAUGGGAACCUGCAGAUAAUCGUAGCAGGUACAGAAUAUCUGGUUCAUCGCUCCAUCUUUAUGCGAGAAUCCGAGUUCUUCAGAAGCCGCGUAUGCACGCAGUGUUCGUCUUCACAUGCCGUUCCGGUUAUCUGCCUGUCGGACGUCGACUGCAACGACUUUGACCUGUUCUUGGACAUCAUCUACCCCAGGGAUUACAAUAAGCGCAUGGCAGAAACCUUGGCAGAUUGGACUGCGGUACUCCACCUGUCCGACAUGUGGGGAUUCAGGACCAUCCGUGAGCUCGCCAUGCGGAAGUGUUUUCCGCUUGCGCUGCCGGUGGACAAGAUCGUGUUGGGGCGUCGAUACGACAUCAAGGGCUGGCUCAAGGAUGCCUACGUAGCUAUAUGCCAGCGAGAGGAGCCGCUGACGCUGCAGGAGGGAAAGCGGCUUCACCUUGAAGACGUUAUAGCCAUAUCCGAGGUACGGCAAAGCAUACGGGAUGCCAAGAUGCUUGCUCCCGCAGAGACAGUGGUCUCCACCGUCGUCCGCGCAUUUUCCUCUCGACUACCGGCCGAGGAAAGCUCCGAGCCGGCCCCUUCGACGUCCGUUCCACGCGAGAAUGAAGCAGGGGAUUCGAAGAAAUCGACGAAGGCCAAGGACCUAAGGAGGCGGUGA